AUGCCUUGCAGUCACACAUCUUGGCUGCGCUUAUCUGAAAAAACCCAUGAGGUAUCUUUGCAAGUUUCGGAUCGCCCAACGCGGCUUUUAGCUGCGCUCGGCUCCGAAGGCUCGAUGUCGUCAGCGUUAGUUCUCUUCAUUGGCAAUAUGCAGAAAGCAGAAGCAGUACGAAAGUUAGGUAUAAAUUAUCGCAGCGAGCGAGGUCGAAGAGGCCACGCCGACGUACAUCUAUUUAUUGCACCGAAAGGAAAAUUUUCCAUGCCUACCAUUGUUGCGGAAGGUGAUCUUCCGAUCCACAAUAGAAUGCAGAGCAGAAGCCCGCCAUCGCGAUGUCAUGAGGCGACGGAUUACUCAUUAUCUUGCAGCGAUGGCGGCGGGAAAUGGACUAGUAAACAUGCCGAUAUGGUCUAUCAUCGACUCGUCCUGCCCUUUGCUGAUGUCGUGUGCCUUUUCCUUGAUGAUCUCGGCGGGGUGAAUCUCGCGGCUCGGAAGCUGGCAGCUUGGCUUAAUUACGGGCGAGCAUCAAGCAGUUCAGUACUGCCAUGGCUUUUUUUGGUAGCAGAGGAAGGAAGAAGUGGAGAUCAUAUGAUUGCGGAUUUUGAAAGAGGUGUGAGAGCAGAGACUAGCAUAAAUCUCCUUACUCGUUUUCAGGGAGUCCGAGCAGUGAGCCUGUCAGCUCGUUCGAGCCCUAGGCACAAGCAAUGCUACAUAUAUCGCCAGUGGCAUAAAUUCCAAGAUGAGCUUUCGGAUCUUAUAGAUUGUGCAACGGAGACACGCAUAAAAGCCAGGUAUCUCUACUCAAUGAAGCAUCUUGUUGCGUUUCUUCAUCACGCUGCAACCUUGAUAUCUUCAUCGCCUGGCCCAUUCAAUUUCAUUUCUGCGUCACGUGCACGACAUUCAAUCGGCGCUGACUUGGAGCUGCAUUUAUCGGACUUCCUGAACCGUAUUUCAUCAUUUGAAGACUUCAAAACAUUUGCCCUUCCUGUGAUUGCCUCCAGCUUUAUUCUCGACCACUACUCUCCCCGCAUGCACCCUUUCGACCCUAGCGAGGUGUUUGCGAAAACACUCACUGAUUGA